AUGGUUCCACAGGAUGCGGAAUCUCCGCCAUGCGUAACCAGCAGUGGUCAUACGUCCGGUCUACUAUACCAUCUACUAGCCACCAUCCACAACACAACAUCUGCUAUCCACCAUCUACCAUCCACAAUUCCACAUCUACCAUCUACAACCCAACAUCUGCUAUCCACCAUCUACCAUCCACAAUCCACCAUCUACCAUCCACAAUCCAACAUCUACCAUCUACAACCCAAUAUCUGCUAUCCACCAUCUACCAUCCACAAUCCACCAUCUACCAUCCACAAUCCGACAUCUACCAUCUACAACCCAACAUCUGCUAUCCACCAUCUACCACCCACAAUCCAACAUCUACCAUCUACAACCCAAUAUCUGCUAUCCACCAUUACCAUUCCCAAUCCAACAACUACCACCCAUAAUCCACAAUCCACCAUCUACGAUAAGAGGGUACUUUAA